UCAAGGAAUCGCAGCAGAUUGGAUCAUUUGAAAAAAAAGAUAAGUUAAGAUUUAUCGUUUCAGUCAUUGCAUUUCUAUGUAUGAUUAAGAUGGAAUGCUAAGAAUGGACGUAGAUAGAUCUUCGUUGUGCAAUUGCGUCGUGAACUUCCUUUUGGAAGAGAAUUACCUACUUACGGCUUUUGAGCUUCUUCACGAGCUUCUCGAUGAUGGCCGUGAUGCGCAGGCGAUUCGUCUUAAAGGCUUCUUCUCGGAUUCCUCUCAGUUUCCUCAUGAUCAGAUCUCCCGGUUAAAUUCAAUCCGAGUUGCUGACCCCCAAAGCUUGCUGGAAGAAAAGGAAGCACUAGUAGAGAAAUUGUCACUCAAUGAGUAUGAACUUCGCUUAGCUCGGGAAGACAUAGAGAAGUUGAAAACUGAACUGGAGAAGAAAUCUAAACCAUCUUCUGAUGAAUUAAAUGGACAUAAGACAGAGACUUCUGUAAAUUCUGGAUCAGACCCUCAACAGCAGACGAGAGAAACCUCUUCUUCUGAUUUUGGUGUUCUAAAGGACAAUGAGCGACGAGAUCUUAAUUGUGCUGUGAAGGAGUAUUUGCUUUUAGCUGGGUACCGCCUUACUGCAAUGACAUUUUAUGAAGAUGUUACUGACCAGAACCUAGAUGUUUGGCAGAACUCUUCUGCCUGCUGUACUGAUGCUUUGCGUCACUAUUACUAUCAAUACCUUACAUCCAUUUCAGAGGCUGCUGAGGAAAAAAUUUCAUUGCUUAUAGAAAAUGAGUGUGUGUUGAAAGAAAAUGAAAAAAUCGAGAAUGAAUUGAGGUCCUUGCAGAAAUACAAAGAUGUUUCUGAUGCUCAAGUUUCGGCACUAAACAAAUCCUUAGAAGCCCUACAGACGAAUCUACAGGAUAAGGAGAAACUGGUCCAAGAAUUAAAGCAGGCACUAAAACACCAAAGAAAGAACCUCAAUGACUGCAGAGCCGAAAUCACUUCACUUAAGAUGCACAAUGAAGGAUCUCUUUUAGCUCAAAAAUCUGUUAUUGGUGAUACUGAAGAUGUUCAAACUCAUUCCGUGGAAAGAUAUAUGGAGGAAAUAAGCUUGCUACAGAAAAAAAUAGAGACUUUAAAGGCAACACAAUCUGUUCCUGGGGAGAUUUCAAGAUCAAUAGAUGGUGACCAAGAGAUUAAUGAAAAAGAUAAUGAAGUUGUUAAGUCAAACAUGAGCAUAAUUAUAAAAUCUUCAGAUGACAAAGGACUUGAUAGUCCAGAUUUUAUGGAUACUCCAUUUUCAGUUGAUCAGAGAUUUGAUGAAUGUGGCACCUGUGGCACCUUUAAUAUACCUGAUCAAAUUCCUGGGGUGAUAACAGCAAGUCCCUUACAUGAUAAUGAUCUCACCGUGAAGUCUGGCCAAGUGAUAGAGAAUGGUGGAGUUUUAAAACCAGAAAUCUUAGAUGCGGAGUUAGUUUCUCAGAAGAUGGGUAUGGGAACCGUUCAAAUUCUCUCUGAUGCAUUGCCCAAGAUUGUUCCUUAUGUCCUGAUCAACCAUCGUGAGGAGCUUCUUCCUCUUAUCAUGUGUUCGAUUGAGCGCCACCCUGAUAGCCAGACAAGAGAUUCCUUGACCCACACAUUGUUCAACUUGAUCAAACGUCCUGAUGAACAACAGAGAAAGAUUAUCAUGGAUGCUUGUGUUACUCUUGCAAAGAAUGUUGGAGAAAUGAGAACAGAGACAGAAUUGCUUCCACAGUGCUGGGAACAAAUAAGUCAUUCGUACGAGGAGCGGAGGUUGCUAGUCGCUCAAUCAUGUGGAGAGCUUGCAGAAUAUGUUCGUCCUGAAAUCCGUGAUUCUCUCAUCUUAUCCAUCAUGAAGCAACUCAUAGAGGAUUCAACAAUAGUUGUUCGUGAGGCAGCUGCUCAUAACCUCGCUUUGCUGCUUCCACUGUUUCCAAACAUGGACAAAUAUUUCAAGGUAGAGGAGAUAAUGUUUCAGUUACUAUGUGAUCCUUCAGGGGUGGUAGUGGAAGCUACAAUCAAACAAUUAGUCCCUGCUUUAAUAAAUUGGGGAAACAAAUUGGACCAUGUAUUAAGAGUUCUAGUCUCUCAUAUGUUGGGCUCCACUCAGCGUUGUCCACCUCUUUCAGGUGUUGAGGGUUCCCUUGAGUCGCAUCUUCAUGUUUUAGGUGAAAGAGAAAGGUGGAAUGUUGAUGUCCUUUUAAGAUUAUUAUUUGAGCUGCUUCCUUUUGUGAAGCAAAGGGCAAUUGAGACAUGUCCAUUUCCUACCAGUUCAGAAAAUAGUGAAACAAUCUUUACCACCUCCUUGCUGCAAUUAUAUGCCAGUGGACAGGCAGAAUGGUCUGGAUUUGAGUGGCUGCAUAUUGACUUCUUUCCUGCUAUCAUUCAACUUGCAUCCUUGUUACCUCAGAAGGAAGAUAGCCUAAGAACCCGUUUAGUCAAGAUUUUAUUGGCUGUAUCUGAACACUUUGGUGAUGAUUAUAUGGCAUGGUUCAUGAUACCAGUAUUCUCAGUGGCAGUGGGUAAUGAUGAUGACUUGACGUUUUUCCCAUCUAAAAUCCAGCCAAAGAUUAAAGGUUUAAGGCCAAAGUUAUCUGUGGCAAAGAAACUUGCAACUUUAUGUGUCCUCCCACUGUUUUUGGCCGGUGUUUUAGGUUAUCCAAACCAGCGUGAACAACUUACAGAAUACCUGAGAACUUUGUUAGUACAGGCAUCAUCAGAGCAAGAUGGUCAAUACACGAAACACCUUGACGGGAUUUUUAAUUCUGUUCGAUUUCUCUGCACGUUUGAAGAACAUCAUACCAUGGUUUUCAAUAUUCUGUGGGAGAUGGUUGCGAGCUCCAACACAGAUUUGAAAAUUAGUGCAGCCAAUACACUGAAAGUCGUUGUGCCUUAUGUUGAUUCUAAAGUGGCUUCCACUCAUGUUUUGCCUGCUCUAGUCACCCUGGGCUCUGAUCCGAAUUUGAAUGUUAAAUUUGCUAGUAUUGAUGCAUUUGGAGCUGUGGCACAGCAAUUCAAAAAUGACGUGAUUGUGGACAAAAUAAGAGUCCAAAUGGAUGCUUUUCUUGAAGAUGGAUCACAUGAAGCUGCUAUUGCGGUUGUUCGUGCACUAGUGGUGGCUAUACCUCACACCACAGACAGACUUAGAGAUUAUCUAUUGUCCAAGAUAUUUCAGCUUACAAAUGCACCAUUUCCCAUGAGUGACAUUAUGUGUCGACGCGACCGAGCAAAUGCGUUUUGCGAAUCCAUCCGAGCUCUUGAUGCCACAGACAUACCCGCAAAUAGCGUAAGAGAUUUCCUGCUACCAGCAAUACAAAACUUAUUGAAAGAUCCAGAUGCACUCGAUCCAGCACACAAAGAAGCCUUAGAGAUCAUAGGAAAGGAAAGAUCAGGAGGGACUUUCGACAGCAUUAGCAAAGUGAUGGGGAGUCAUCUAGGACUUGCUUCAUCCAUGACCAGUCUGUUUGGAGAAGGAGGUCUUCUUGGUAGUAGUAGUAGUACAAAUAAAAAGGAAACAACAACAGAUAGCCAAUUAGCUGUGACAGCUGCUGAGGCAGUUGAGUUACCAAAGGUUUCUCUCCAACCACCCAUAAUAGCAGCUGAAGACACGAGAUUUAGGCGAAUUAUGAGAGGGAGCUUCACAGAUAUGCUUAAAGGGAAGAAAGCCGAAGAAAAGUGAAGACAUUAAUCAAUCCAAUUCAAGCCAAACCAAUCUCCUUGGUAUUUCUUCUUCACUCACACUUUUGUUAGAUCUUUCAUUAUUUAUUUGAUUGGGGAUGAGAAUUAUUAAUAAGUGAUUAGAAUGAUCACAAAAGUUAUUAAUAAGGCUGA